CGCGGCCGCCUCCUCUGAUUCCACUCCCAGCCCUGGGUGGAGAGGAGGAGUGAGCCGGUGCCAAAGCCAUGGCCAUCCUGGCCCAGCUGGGACGAUGCUGGGGAGGCGGGCCAGGGCGCCCCGAGGCCCUCCUGCCACGGCUUUGGGGGAUGUUGCUGAUGGGGAUGGCUGGGCUGGACACCCGGGCCGGAGCAGGAGCUCUGGCAGAUCCUCCCGCACUGGCAACACGGCCCGUGGCCCUGGAAGAGGAGAUCGUGUCCGAGAAGGCGGCCGAAGCGAGCCAUCGCCAAGACAGCGCCAACCUGCUCAUCUUUAUCCUCCUGCUCACCCUCACCAUCCUCACCAUCUGGCUCUUCAAGCACCGACGGGCGCGCUUCCUCCACGAGACUGGGCUGGCUAUGAUCUAUGGUGUCUUAGUGGGUGUUGUCCUUCGUUAUGGUAUCCACGUUCCCAGUGAUGUCAACAAUGACACAUUGAAGUGCCAAGUGCAGACAAGCCCUGCCACAUUGCUGCUCAACAUCAGUGGAAAGUACUAUGAAUAUACCCUCAAGGGGGAAAUCAGCCCUCAUGAGUUGAAUAAUGUUCAGGAUAAUGAGAUGCUCAGAAAGGUGACAUUUGACCCAGAAGUGUUUUUCAACAUCUUACUUCCUCCAAUUAUAUUUUACGCAGGAUACAGCUUGAAAAGGAGACAUUUCUUCCGAAACCUGGGAUCCAUCCUGGCAUAUGCCUUUCUAGGAACAGCAAUCUCCUGUUUUGUAAUAGGAUCAAUCAUGUAUGGCUGUGUUGCUCUGAUGAAAGUGACAGGACAGCUUGGAGGAGAUUUCUACUUUACUGAUUGUCUUUUGUUUGGUGCCAUUGCUUCAGCUACUGAUCCAGUGACUGUGCUUGCCAUAUUCCAUGAGCUUCAAGUUGACGUUGAGUUGUAUGCCCUCCUUUUUGGUGAAAGUGUUCUCAACGAUGCAGUUGCCAUUGUGCUGUCUUCGUCAAUUGUAGCAUAUCAACCAGCAGGUGACAACAGCCACACUUUUGACGUCACAGCAAUGUUCAAGUCUAUUGGGAUUUUCCUGGGGAUAUUCAGUGGAUCAUUUGCUAUGGGAGCUGCCACCGGAGUUGUCACUGCUUUGAUAUCUAAAUUUACUAAACUCCGCGAGUUCCAGCUGUUGGAAACUGGUUUGUUUUUCCUGAUGUCUUGGAGCACCUUUCUUUUAGCUGAAGCUUGUGGCUUUACAGGUGUUGUAGCAGUGCUGUUUUGUGGCAUCACUCAGGCACACUACACUUACAACAACUUGUCCACAGAGUCCCAGCACAGAACUAAGCAGCUAUUUGAGCUUCUCAACUUCUUGGCUGAAAACUUCAUCUUCUCCUACAUGGGACUUACGCUGUUCACCUUCCAGAAUCACGUGUUUAAUCCAACAUUUAUAGUGGGAGCUUUUCUAGCAGUAUUCUUGGGGAGAGCUGCAAAUAUUUAUCCUCUGUCUUUCCUCCUUAAUUUGGGAAGAAGAAACAAGAUUGGGACUAAUUUUCAGCAUAUGAUGAUGUUUGCUGGCUUGCGUGGUGCCAUGGCCUUUGCCUUGGCCAUUCGGGACACGGCCACCUAUGCACGGCAGAUGAUGUUCAGUACUACGCUUCUAAUUGUAUUUUUCACUGUCUGGGUCUUUGGCGGUGGCACCACACCCAUGCUCUCUUGCCUGCAUAUUCGGGUUGGUGUAGAUGCAGAUCAGGAGAACUUGGGUGUACCAGAAAAUGAAAGGAGAAGUACAAAAGCGGAGAGUGCCUGGCUGUUCAGGUUAUGGUACAACUUUGAUCAUAACUACUUGAAACCUCUCCUGACACAUAGUGGUCCUCCUCUUACGACUACACUCCCAAGCUGCUGUGGGCCUAUUGCACGGUGCUUGACAAGCCCACAAGCUUAUGAGAAUCAGGAGCAGCUGAAGGAUGAUGAUUCAGAUCUGAUUUUGAAUGAUGGAGACAUCAGUUUGACAUACGGGGAUUCCACCGUGAAUACAGAUUCCCUGACCUCUGGUACAUCUAGAAGAGCAGCAGGAAAUGGCUCAGAGGAUGCUCUAGACCAAGAGCUUGGUUUUGGGGAUCACGAACUUGUCAUACGGGGUACACGCUUAGUUCUCCCAAUGGAUGACUCAGAGCCUCCUUCAAAUGUAGUAGAUAACGCAAGACAUGGCCCAGCGUAAGAUCAUUGCUGGUUUUGACUUGCAGUAAAAAAAAAUUCCAUGUACGAUCAUGAAGAAAAAUGUACUACCUAUGACAAAAACCUACUGCAUGUCUCAGAAUGUCUAAGCUGUAUAAAUAUUAUUUAUUUAUAUGGUGUCAGGAGAAUAUAACUCUCCAUAUGAGACAACUUGUGAAGAGCAAGGUGUUAAUUUCUUAAGUUAAAAAAACAAAACCAACAGCUCAUGGACUGCACUGUGUAGGGUGGAACUGUUUAGAACAAAAUUCUGUUGUGUGGAGAAGAACUUAUUUGUGUGGAGAAGAAUUUAUUUUAAAAAAGUGGGAUGGAAUGUGUGGAUAGCAACACUUUUAACUGUACAACAAGAAUCUGCUUCACUAUUGGCUUUCACAAUUUAACCUAAGGCUAAUGCUUUUCCAAGAGCAGUAAGCAUUGGGCUUGUUUGAGGGGGGGUUUUUUUGUAAGCUUAUUGUAGAUGGCAGAAAAGCAUUUAGCAACCCAAGAAGUUUGCUUCAGGGGAUAACUGGUUUUGAUUCUUUAAGCAUUCUUAUAAGAACUGCUGUAGGAUGUAGCGUAAUAGAACUAAUUGGCCUCUAUAUGAUGUUUCUAGACCUACUGCCUUUGCUUACAUGGUCAGCUGAUAAAAGUUGAGUUAGGACUGCAUUCAGGCCGUUACUUCAUCACUUGAUGAUGGCUUGUUGAGAAGAGCAAUUUGCAGCCUCCUUCCAGCUCAAGUAGGAGAGGAGCAUGACAAGGCCAAAGCAGAAGUCAGUUCUGUACGUGUGUAGUUGUGUUGCAAGUUGCGUGUGUGUGGGGUUUUUUUGUCUUGUUAAACAUUAGCUCUUGCCUUGUCCUGUGUAGGAUCGGGGCCACGUUUUGAGCUUUGAAACAGUCAGAACUUGCAGAGUUCAGUUUGUCACACAGAGGAACAAACAGUGUUUCUAGAGCUGGUAAGGACAGUAUGAAGCCAUUACUGGGUUCAUUUAACUUCUAGCUCAGUGGGGUGUGCCUUUUGUUGUGUCAGAAUUUUCUUCUUAUUGCAUGGCUGUUAAGAAUACAGCUGAAGUCACUGGUCUGGUACAGUUCCACUCUACAUCAUGGGGUCUGGCACAUACAAAGAUUUUUGAGACUCUUCAGAUGAGUUUUUAAAAGAGGCAUUUAGUAGAUUAGGUGGUACUGAAAAGGAGUUGUCUGUCCGUCCAUUCUGUAUAGUUGCACUUUUGUUUGGUAACUCCUUGCAUGCUCGUGUGUCUAUAAAAAAACAACAACCUUGAUUUCUGUUCUUGCAUCUCUUUCCUGUUUAAUGAGAAAUGUUUGUAAACUGCCAUUGUUUUCUUUACAGUUGUUAUUUUUUUUUCCUGGAGAAAGAGCACUGAACAAUUUGCUGUUAUUGCACUUGGUAUAUUCAGCUUUGUUCUGCAAUUAUCUUUUUUUUUUAAUGGUGCGAUGCGGUGGUUCUGAGAAGCAGAGGAUUCUAAAUGUUUUGUUUUCUGCAUAGUCUGAAACUUUAACUGUGCACAAUUCCUGUACCUUAUUUUUACUUUCAAAUUUAGCCCAUAAUCAGAAGUACUUGGGGGCUGCUACAAACUUAACCUUCACUUCCUUAACAGAGGAGAACGAUUACCACCCCACCUCACCCCAGGAAUGCAGGACCGAAUUGUGAUCUGAAGGUGCACAUCAUCUGAGGUCUUUGAGUUGUUUCUUCAGUUGUGCUUCAGAUUCUUUGGAGGGUCUGCUCACAUGACUUUCCAGUGAGAAAUCUUGUCCUUGUUCUGAGUGUUGAGUGUUAAGCAUAAGCACACCCUUCUUUUCCAGUGAAGAGAAAGUUACUAUUGAAUUGAGCAGUGCUGUCUUGGUCUGAAUGAGGGAUCUCCAUGAUUGUUUGCAUAGUUUUGGGGGCAGAUCAGAAAAACAAAACCCCACACAUUCAGAUAAGUGUGGCGCAGCCUAAUUUAUACAUUACAUUCUCUCCACAGUUGGGCCACGGGAGUUUGAGAUCGGUACCAAAUUCCAGUUUCUCCCCAGGAAGUACCAAAUGAACAAGCUCAACAUUUCUCACUUUUUGAAGAAGGCAGCUUUGGUUUCAUUUGCCUUUUGUCUUUGGGCAGUUGAACCCAGUGUUUCUAGUGCUACUCCUGAACUAGGGGAGCACUCAUGCAAAAGAUGUUAGGAGAUGGUAUUAUAUUACAGGCAAGAAAACAGAUUACUUUUUGUUUUACAUUUUAUGUUCUCAGGUCUGGAUAACAUGCCUUAAAUAUACAUCAGUGCAAUGUCUGGUGUCCCCAGGAACAUCAUAGGUUCUUUUCUUCUGUAAGAGCAUUUCCAGUAAGCGUUCUAGGCACAACCAGCCAGAAUGUCUUUUUGUGCAAGCCCCACUGAAAUGAAGGGGAUUUCUCAAGAAUGGCCUGAUUUGUUGCUUAAUCGGCUUGUGCCAGAAGUAGGACUAUUGUUGCACCUAAGAAAUGGCAGUUUUAAUUGUUAUCAUAGGAGCUUGUUUAUGUUUAGUGCCAGUAUGUCUUUUCUUUUUUUUACCUGCUAUGCAGGAAUUUCAUGAAAGAGUGUGUGUGUGUGUGUUUUAUAUGAUGUCUGAAUCUUAACAUCCAAUAUUUAAAAAGAAGCAUUUUCAUAUGUUGAGGUAUUUUUACAUCUCUUAUACAUUAAUCUCUUCAUUUGUUCUAUGACUUUUCCAGACACGAGAUAACCUGUUAUUUUAUUUUUAAAUCUUCAGAUGACUAAUGACUAGGUUUACAAAAGAUUCCCAUCUGAUACUGUAGAAUGCUGUCAAGUUGACCUGCUGUACAAAUCUACUUCCAGUGAGAACAUAUCAUUGGAUUCUUAAAGUUUGGUCAUGCCUAACAUUUUCUCCCAGCAGAGAAAGUAACACAUGAUCCUGGGAUGGACUGGCCAUUUGACCUACUGGGGAACGUUUCUGGUGGGCUGCUACCUUGGAGGGCUGCUGGCAUCAAGGAACAAGGAAAGCCAAGCCCCCAGCAGCUCUGCCAAGGCUUCAGGAGCCACUUGGUUUGGGCUUUUCUACAACUGCUAUGAUCAGAAAGCUCACCAGUUACCUCCUCCUGAACCAUUAACAAACAGUGACAGUGCAGGAAGUUGGUUCUGAGCUGAGUGGCCCCAGCGGUACUGGUUCAUGGUGCUGCAGGGGACACUCAGCUUACUUACUUCCUGGGCCAUUGAAGUUGCCUAGUCCACAUCUGUGUGAUAGUGCAGUGCAAGAUUCUCUGCACAUUGCCUGUGCUACAGAUGGGAGGCUUAGGGAGAUUCUGGAUGCAGGUGAAUGUGUUACUGUGUCAGUUGCUUUGCUUUCUGUUUGGGGAGAGAGGACUUACUCCCUUUAGUACAAAGUACAAAAACAUUCAUGCAGGCACAGUCUCAGUGGUGUCUGCUUUGUUGUUGGUAGCAGAAAUUAGACACUUAAGAUGACCCACAUAAGGUGGGAACUGAGAUGCUCAACUGCAUAGAAAUUUGUUGAAGCAAUGCAGCAUAAAGGGAUAUACAUUCUCUUGCACAGUGAUCAACUGCAACAGAUUGAGGCUAAGGGUACAUCAUUGAUGUGCCAUCAGGCAGGGAGUGCUCCAUUAGAGGCACUUUCCCAAAAUAGUGGCAGUUGAAUGUACUUAAUGUCCUUAGGAACAUUCCCUUUCUGACUUCCAUAAAUGAAAGUCUGUUACCGCAGCUUCUGUAGUUUGAUUAUGAAAAAAAAAAUACAUGUGACAUCAGAGUUGGUCAGAAUUAAUCUUCUCCCAAUCACAUCCAUUUCCCCUGUACCAAACUGAACAAAACUGCAGUUCAGCUUUUGGUUACCAUUUUUUAAACAUUAAAACACUCCCUGCCUUUGUUUAAUAUAUUACCUGUUUGGCAUGUUUAUGUCAACAUGCCACUAUAGUUCCAGAUUUUUCACUCCAGUAAUAAUUUUAACUGUUUAUUGAAUCAGGAUUCUGUAGUAAAGGUGGCUGUUUUGGUCCUCAAUUUUUAUUGCAUGUGAAUAAUUUUUAAAGGAUAUGUUUAACAUUGGAACUAAAUAAUAAAGUCUAUGAAACCUCCCAGGGUUCAUCUGUGAUUUGCCAGAAAUGACUAACAAUUAAUAGUAUUUACUAAUUUCUUUGUUGUUGCAGUCACAUGUUCCUUCUACUUCAUUUCCCCCAGGGGGUCUUUGUAUCCAUAGUUCUUAAUGACCUCAAAUGCAGUUGUGGGAACCUUAUUACCUCUUAAGGCCAGGCUUAACAGACCUUCUAGGCAGUGUUUGCCUCAGGAGCAUAUUCUUGAUUUAGAUUUAGGAAGGUCAUUAACUUCAAAAAGUCUGUUCUGUAAACUGAAUUGACCCUUCCCCCUCCCCCAAAUCAAAAUACUUAAGUUCUGGUUUACUCUAAAUACAGUUGAAAUUGUCUGUUUUUAUGGUAUUAACUGCUAUAGUUGUGGUGUUUUUGUGAUUUUAUUCUUAAUAAGCAUAAUUGCACCUACUUUUGUUCAUGAUGACUAAAUCUUUUAUUGUUACUUGCACUGUGAAAAAAAAUCAUGGGCCUAUAAAAACAAGUUUGUUUCUUUG